AUGGCCAAGAAACGAGGAGGCGAAAAGGAGAAGCAGCGAGAGAAGGAGAGGGGAGAGAAUGGCAGAUCAAGAAGAAAAAGCGCUGGUCCUGAUGCCGGAGAAGAACAUGCGAUGGAGGGCGGGGACGAGCAUGAUAGCUCAACUGUUGAUGGAAUACUGGUUCACAUCGAUGAUAACGAGAACGACGAUGGACAAGAACACUGUGAGGAAGAGGAAAAUGAUGGAGGGGAUCACGAAGAAGUUGCGCUGAAACCAUAUGGCAAGAAACAUCAACACCGACACGGACGUGGCAAGAAGGCUGAAUGGAAGGCCGAGCUGAAACCUGAAGGGAGGCGCGAGAUGAACGCUGAAGAGACUGGCGAUGGAAACAUGAUCGAAGAGGAACAUGAACCGACCAGCGCGACAGGAGGAGAAAGAUAUGAGUUCAGGGAUACCGUCGAAAGAGUUGAACACGAACCUGGAGCGAAGGCACUUGAGAGGAACGAGAACAAGGGGCUGCAAAACGAUCUUAAAAAUGCAAAAAGUACUGAGCGCGACAAAUCAGACAACAAAGGAGAAGAAAGUGUGAAUGAAGCAUCGUGUCUUUCUGAAUCAAAAGAAAUAUCUCAUGACAGUGAACAGCUGGAAGAUGAUGAGGAGCUGGAGGAGGGUCACAAGGAAAACGAGGAGGGGGUUGAGGUCACAAACCAGCAGCAGGAUUUUGAGGACGAAGAGGAUAUUUGUGAAAUGGGAAAGGAUGGAGAUGAGGACCAAAGUGAACCAAGUCAGGUAUGCAAAAGCUAUGAGCCGGUCAAUGACAACGAGGAGCAUGCUCCCACGCGCACAGUCGUGGGGCAGAAUCGUGAGACAUCCUUCGGAGAACCAAAAGGAAACAAUCCGGAAAUGGUGAUGGAAGUAGGAGAUGAUGUUCACAAGCAGGAGCAGCAAGAGCAGGAGCAGGAGCAGGAGCAGGAGCAGGAGCAGGAGCAGGAGCAGCUAGAACAGAACGGAGAAGACGAGGACGAUGAAGGGGAAGGAGAAGUGGAAGUAGAACAGGAGGCACAAGAGCAAGAAGGGCCUGUGAAGCAGUCUCCGAUGGAAAGUGAUGAAUCAGAGAAGUACAGCGACAGAAUGCAGUCCACAGAAAGAACAGCAGACAGUGCGGAGUCAGAAGAUCAAGAGGAUCUGGAGGACAAGGAGAUGACAUGGAUUGAAAUGAAAGAUGAUUCGGAAUUUGCAAAAGACAACUUCAGUCAAGUUGAUCCAUGCCAAGAAGGAUUAGAAAGAAAAGGAAACGAUUUAAGGCAAGAGAAAGGCAUACAAAAGGAGGAAGAGGGGGAGGGAGAGGGAGGGGAGAGGGAGCAAGAGCAGAAGCUGGACGAGGAAGACGAGGAGGAGGGCGACGACGACGACGAGGGAGACGACCAGGAGGAGGGAGACGACGAGGAGGAGGAAGAGGAGGAAGAGGAGGAGGAGGAGGAGGAAACCAAAGAGGAAAACCACUUAGAGGUCGACGACACGCAACACACAGUCGAACAGCAAUUGGAGGGUCAGGAACUCAAGGAAGGUGGAGGCGAGAACCAAAAAGUAGAGGAAGAUGAACAGGAGCAGAAACGACAGAUUGACCCAGAGGGGGUCAACGCCGCCGACCAGGAGAGUCGUGCACAAAACUCGGAGGCAAUGGGGAUUGAGGCAAUUCAGGGACGUUCGAGGAACAGAGGCGAUGAUAGUCUUGAUCACGAAAAACUUGAAUCUUCACCAGGAGUCCGAGAACUGAGCCAGGGAGAGGACGAUGAGCAAAAUCAGAUGGAGAAACAGGUCGAUACCAACCACGAAGGGAGAGAACUGGGUCACCUAAAAGCAGGCAGAGCAGCAUCUCCUCGAUCUCACGCACACGAUGAAGAUGCUGAAGACAAGGAUGGAUAUGGAAGACUAUUGUUGACUCCCAAGCCUGCAAACCAAGCACCGACACACCCACAACAACUGACCCAAUCACAGCCCAUGCUCUCUGAUGACUCUAGCACACAGCCCAGCAAGAGCAAGAGGAGCUUGCAAGGGAAGAUCCUCAACUUGAUUUCCUUCUUCGAGGCGCAAGACACAUCACACAGCCCGAACAAGCCCCCACCGAGGUUCGCUGGGGUGAAGGUGAAGACAUCAUUGCAGGAGGUCCUCACCUCGUACAACGACCUCUGCUCGACCAACACGACGCUGCGGAAGAAGAUCAGUGAAGUGACGCACUGCCCCACCUGUGGCAGCGACCACUUCAUCUGCUCCCACUGCAAUGCUAAGAUCGAUCUCGACAACGUCGACAAGAGCAUCCUUUCUCCCCCAGGAAGGACUGACGUGGAGACUCCGAGCUCGUCCAGUGUCCUUUCGCCGGUCACCGGCGAUCAGGAUCUCAAGAUUUCAAGUCUCCGAUGGACGAACUCGGGUCUCAGUCCAAGAGAGGAGGAGGAGGAGAGCGAAACUUCAUUGAGAAAACAUCAUGGUCGGAAACAGGAAGCAGAGAUGCUCAAGCAGGACCAGCUUACGGGCAAGCGAGGGGAGAAACGAGAUGUUGAACAAGAGGGGAAGGAGACCAAGGAGAUUCACAAAGCAAAACUUGAACAACACGAGAUCAAGGACGAAAAUGAUGAGGAGAUCAGAGAUGAAGACAAUGACGACAAGGAAGUGAAAGUUCAUCAAGACGAUCAGGAAAUGGCAACACAGGAAGGGGAGGGGGAGGAGAAGGGGCAAGAGGAGGAGAAGGAGGAACAAGUUCUACACAUUCAGGACUUGGAUGCAAGCAUUUCCUCUGUUGAGGAGAACGUGCUUGCAUUGUCGCGAGCGCUCGAGUAUCAGCUGACAAAAGCAGCCAUGAAGGACGGGGAAGUGGAGCUGAAGAUGCGCAAGAACAAGGAGGUCACCAAGUUGCAGAUCCUCGAGGUUGUGAACGUUUGCGAGCUCAUCCGUAUCUCCAUAGGAGAAGCAUCCACCUGCAUAUCCGACCUUCAUGUUCAGCUCAAUGCUGAUCAAGAGGACAGCGUUCUCCUUCGCGAGCAGUGCGCGUACCUUGCUAGCAUGGUCAAGAAUGUCGAGACUGAGAACUCGCAGCUGAAGGAACAAGUCCUGCACCUCAAGUCUUUGAGCCGAGCUAAGAACGAGGAGGAGGCAGCAGAGUUUGCGAGGAGCUUGAAAGAGCUGCAAACGUGUAAACAGGAGGUCAAGACUUACAAGGCUGAGAUCGAGAUGAUGAAGGAGGAGGAUAAACGGUUUCGAGAAUCCUGCGAUCGGCAGAAGCAGAUAUUUGUUGAGGAGAUCCAGAGGCUGCAGGCUAGGAUCGACGAUUUGCUGCGAGAGCGGCAAGAGGAGCCAUUGAAGCGACAAGAUUCGAUGCCAUCGAAAAAAUCAUUCUUGAAAUCAAGGAAAUGA